UGUCUAGACUGAGAAGAAAGGAGCGGAAACAGACCGCUCAAUUGUACCAACAGAAGAGUAGUGCAGAGCUCCGACAAUGGAGCUGGCUCUACACCCAUAUCCAACGCUUCCCAGAGAUAAGCUUUUCCUCCCCUGUUACUCCCAUGUCGCUAAAUUCCUUACCAGCCCCUCAUUAUUCAACAAUAGCGCUCUUUUCCCUCAUUUUACUAGAAACCCAGUUCGGGAAACCCAAUUCCAAGCCAGAAACACCUCCAGAAACAUCAACAACAACCGGAGCCUUGUCUUGUCCGAGUAUUACGCCGAGGAGGAGGCGGAUACAACGUCGUAUUCGGAGGAUGACGAGUCGUCUUUCUUGUCUCUGAGUGAGAAGCCUGACAGGAAUAUGGCUAUGCUCGAUGACUAUGAGAUGGAGGAGCUUGACUAUCCCUCCGACCCUAACCAUCGCAGCGGUUAUGUGGCUGUACUUGGCAAGCCAAAUGUUGGAAAGAGUACACUUGCAAACCAGAUGAUAGGCCAAAAACUGUCAAUAGUUACAGAUAAACCUCAAACAACAAGGCACCGAAUUCUUGGUAUAUGUUCUGGCCCAGAGUUUCAGAUGAUUCUGUAUGACACACCUGGUGUUAUUGAGAAGAAAAUGCACAAGUUGGACUCUAUGAUGAUGAAGAAUGUUCGAAGCGCUGCUAUCAACGCUGACUGUGUACUUGUUCUUGUUGAUGCAUGUAAAGUGCCCCAAAAAAUUGAUGAAGUGUUGGGAGAAGGUGUGGGAGACCUCAAAGAUAAGCCACCCACUUUGCUGGUUUUGAAUAAGAAAGACCUGAUCAAACCAGGUGAAAUUUCAAAGAAGCUGGAGUGGUAUGAGAAAUUUACAGAUGUAGAUGAGGUUAUACCGGUGAGUGCAAAAUAUGGUCAUGGAGUGGAAGAUAUCAAGGAGUGGGUGCUAUCAAAACUUCCAGUUGCGCCACCUUAUUAUCCAAAGGAUAUAGUUAGUGAGCAUCCAGAAAGAUUCUUUGUUGCUGAAAUUGUAAGAGAGAAGAUCUUUAUGCAAUACCGUGACGAAGUUCCCUAUGCAUGUCAGGUGAAUGUGGUGAGCUAUAAAACAAGGCCAACUGCAAAAGAUUUUAUACAAGUAGAAAUUGUUGUUGAAAAGAAUACACAGAAGAUCAUCGUCAUUGGAAAAGACGGGAAGGCACUGAAACUACUCGCAACAGCUGCUCGGCUUGACAUUGAAGAUUUCUUACAGAAGAAAGUCUAUCUUGAGGUUGAAGUGAAAGUGAAGGAGAAUUGGCGGCAAGAUGAAGGGCUGUUGAAAUACUACGGAUAUGGAGGGAAAAUUCGAGCACUAUGAGUUCAUGAGAUACCAUGGCCUUAUCCCAUAUCCACCAAACAAUGUAAGUAAAGAUGGUUGAAAUCAUUGAAAAACGAAUGUGCGAUGAUGAUACAAGCCCUUUUUAUGUAUUAUAGGUAGAGUGGGAUGUUGUAAUCUUCAUUUUUGUAGAGAUUAGCGUUACUCUUUGGCAAUCAUAAUAUGUUGUAAUUCCUUUA